AUGGAUCUUCGAGGUCUUACUCCAGCGCCUGUAACUCCUUUCACCAGAGAUGGGAAAGUAGAUUACGAUGCAAUUCAGAGACUUGGGUCCUGGCUUGGGAGCAUCGAAGGUGUCACCGGACUAGUUGUUCUUGGCCAUGCUGGCGAAGGUACUUUCCUCACCCCAGAAGAACAAGCGUCUGUUAUCAAAGCAUUCGUCAAGUCAGUCAACGACAAGAUUCCCAUCAUCGCCGGCAUUACUGGGGAGGGUAACGAAGUCGCCGCUCUAGAGGCAAAGAGAGCAAAGGAUGCUGGAGCUAAGGCCGGACUAUUGUAUCCCUCUCACGGGUGGCUACGUUUUGGGUACCAACCAGGCGCUCCUCAAGACAGAUAUCGUAUUGUCUAUGAAGGUAGCGGACUACCAUUGAUCUUGUUUCAAUAUCCUGACAACACCAAGGCAACAUAUAACCUUCAAACAAUGUUGGAUAUUGCAGCGCUUCCUGGUGUCUUCGCUAUGAAGAACGGUGUCCGUAAUAUGAGGCGCUGGGAUACAGAGAUCCCGGUCAUCAGGAAGGAACGUCCUGAUCUCCAGAUACUUACUUGCCACGAUGAGUACCUCCUACACACCACGUUCGAUGUGGAUGGCAUGCUUGUAGGGUACGGUAAUGUAGCUCCAGAACUUCUCAUUGAGAUGAUCAAGGCUGGAAAGGCGAAAGACUACAUCAAAGCGAGGUCUAUUCACGAUCGACUACUUCCUGUAACGAAGAAUAUCUACCACCGUGGUUCUCAUAUGGAGGGAACGGUCGCAUUAAAGCAUGCACUGGUCGCCAGAGGUGUCCUGGAGCAUGCAACUGUCCGGUCGCCCUUACUACCUCUUCCUGAUGGGGCGGAGGCGGAGAUUCACGGGGCGAUUCAAGCGGCCCAGUUAAGUCGUGUAGUGGUGUAA